CCACCUCAUCACUUUACACCAUGAGCAACAUUGCAUGCCGGCUGCUGCGGAGCCAGGUGACAUUUCACCACCCACUGGCCGCCACAUCUCGCUGGUACUCGUCGUACCUGACGUUGGAGGACAUCCCGGCCAAGGACGUUGAUGCCGUCAACAAAUUCAAGCUAAAGUUUGACCGCAGUAGCAUUCCCCACAAGACAUUCACCGUGACGUACCACCGCAGCGGCGGCGCAGGCGGCCAGAAUGUGAACAAGGUCAACACCAAGACGUGGAUCCCGCAGUACGUGCGCCAGCGGUUGCAUGAUCAGGACCCGGCACGGAUCAACAAGGCUGGCGAGUACCUGGUGAUCUCGGAAAAGACCCGCUCGCAGAGGCACAAUUUUGAGGACUGCUUAGAUAAGCUGUGGCAGGCAAUUGAGCGCGCGGCCGAGCUGCCCAAGGAGGCUGAUCCAGAGACCGCUGAGCGCGUCGAGAAGCUGAAGAAGGCAGAGAAGGCUAGGAACAAGGAAAACAAAAAGCGCUUGUCGGAGCGCAAGUCGAGUCGCCGCAAGCGGUUUGACGACUAA